AUGUCAAAAAAUAUGACAAUAGAAAAAAUGGAAGAACCGGGGCAUUCACCAUACUUUAAUAGUGUAAAAACUUUAUUCUCUUUUAUAGCCGCCUGCAUGUUUAUCACACUCCUUUGUUGGUCAGAAAGGUUGUUGUCUUAUCGUUUAGAGCAUAUAAAAUAUGAAAGAAAUCGACAUAGAUUUAGAACUAUUUUGAUAAGAACUUUUGGAUAUUCAAUGGCCACAAUAUUUCGAUUAUUUUAUAUGUUAAUUACAAUGACCAUGAAUUCUCAACUUUUUAUAAUAGUGGUUGUAGGAUUAACCACAGGACAAUUAAUUACGGAAUAUUUACGAUCAACAUCUACCUAUGCAUCUAAACAUGGCAUUCUCGGUAUCCACUCACCAACUAGUUUAUCUAAUAAGGAUGACGACGAUAUACCAUCAGCAACUACUCUAGGUAACGAAUCAACUAGUGAUAAAAUUGGUGGAUAUACUGAAGUUGAAUCUCGAGAUUUCGAUGAAGACAAACAAGAAGAAAAGGCUAAAAAAAAGCGUAAUUUAGAUUCUUUUUUGGAAGAAAUUAAACGGUUGGUUAAUGAAGAAAGAGUUUGCAAAAUAUGGUCUUAUAGCAAGUGUAAAGAUUGGCCACGUACUCAAGAGGAAAAAGAUAGGAAUCGUAAUUUAUUGAAUGAAGGUGGACGAUCACCGUCAAAUGGAUUACCUUUUAAUGCACAAAUGGUUCACGCAAAUAAUUAUGCUACUGUACCACACUUGGGUCGACUACA